UUGGCCUCAGAUAGCUUCUUUGUCUUGUACAAACAGGUUUCUCCCUUCAAGACAACUCAACACUGCAGCCCGUCUGCAAGAAGUCGGAUUAAAAAACCUACAUCGUCCCCAAGUUUCAUUACCUUUUCCGGUAUAUCUCGGCGGGUUGCCAACCCUCGGGCGCCCGAGGUGCUUUAAUACACCUCUGGUUAUGAGCGUUGUGACGAGUCAUUGUAGUCAUCCGCGUCAUUCAACAUGAGUAGCAUCGCCUGGGAAUGCCGAGAUCAGGCCGACCAGGCCGAGAUCUACUACAAUCAUCCCCUACGCACCAAAGUUCGACGUCUUGAGGAUGAGAACAUGACCUUGAAGCGUCUACUCCGUGAGAAUGGCAUCCCGUGGCAAACCCGUCCCAAGCCCGCGAGGACUUCUACUGGGCGAAUCACCCGUGCUUCUACCAGGGCCGUUCGCCCUCCCCUUCCGCACAUCCCGGUUGAGAUACAGCUUAGAAUUAUGUCGUUCGCUCUGACUAGCUCACUUCCUAUCGUCGAUCCGCUAUGCAAGGUCAAGCCGGAGAAUCUGACGGUACAAGAGAAGUCUAAGUCUAGCAGACUCGCUAUUCACUUCUUGGCGACCUGCAAGGCCUACCAUGAUGAGGGCACUAAACUCCUAUGGACCAAUAACUCCUUUGUCUUCACUAGUCCGGAGUCCCUUAGAAACUUCGCCGAGGUCCCUCUUCACUUCCGACGAAACAUCAAGGAUGUCACCUUCCGCGUUAUUGCAAAGUUCUAUGACGACGAAGAGCGAACACACAGGAUCAGUCGCAACUACCACCCUGAUCUUAGAAAGGCCGUUGCCUUGACCGUGCAUAAACGGCCCAAGGAAAAUAGUCUUGCUCGCCGUGGAUUCCGAACUUACGGUUGGUAUCAGCUUGCUGACUUCCUCAUGGCCAUGCUGCCUCCCUUCGACCCUUCUUACGUUUCUCAUGGCAAUGGUUCGGCGACAACAUAUUCUGCUCCAUUGCCCAAGUUACUACCAUCUCUAGAAAAGCUUCGCAUUGACUUCGUGAAUUUCGGUGAAGACAUGUUUAACAAUCCGCCUCCCCAACUUCACGAGGUCGCGUCGCACCAGCUUGGAUGCACACUAAAUGAGGUGGUUUUGACUGGCUUACCGAGCGAUGAGACUGGUCUUCGGGUUUGCAACGAGAUGGCCGGCCUUCUAAAGGACGAGGGCCUUCUUAUUGAUCACGCACCUACUAUGGUGGCUCUCAAGAACGGCGUGCGUGCUCUCGAAUGCGAUACUCACGAGUGUCAUUACUGCGCUAAGGUUGUUCGAGCGAUGCGCGCAUUUAAGAGUGGCGACCACCAUCACGACGACGUACAUUCCCAUCUUUUCGGAGCUGACUUCCCACCCGCACCUAAAGAUGAAGGCGAGCCACCUUAUUCCUAUUAUCAUUCCUGCCGGACCAUUUGGAAGAAGAUACCUAUCAAGCUCGGCGACGAGGAGCGUAAGUGGGUGCUAUUUGAUAGGAUGAGCGGACUUCCGUGGGAUGACGUCGAGGAGGAUAUCACCAUGUUCGACUUUCUUAGCGACGAUGACGAAGCUAUCGCCUGUGAGAAUUGCGGCGAGGUUCAUCCGGGAGCCAUUCCUCCCAUAGAGAUGAUGGAUCUUUACGACGACUUUUGAGCACGUACCUGAGAGGACAAUUCCGAUCUUUCUACGAUGAUUACGAAUGAUAUGCAUAUGAUACCAGGUUUGCUUUACUUUCGGCAUUUGCACGGGCGGAUGAAAAAGGGGCAGAGUGGCAAAUGUAAUAAGACUACAUACAGGUCGGACCCAUCUUCACAGCAAAGGGUGCCCCAGCACUACUAUGUAAUAUACGAGCCAAACAACACUUCAAGGCUCAGGUUCCCAAUGCCUGCUUUGUAUGAAUUGGCGUAUAUCUGUAGCGCCAAUUUGGCUUCUAAUUAAGAACGAUAUGCUUUAGUUGACCGCAGUUCUCAUAUCAUACAUAUCCUUUUCUUCGUGUUUCGUCU